CCUAGUGGGGAAAGCAAGGCGGUUGGCCUGCGGUCGGGGCCCGCGUCCCCUCCGCCUCUCCGCCGACGCCUCUCGACGUGGCACUCUGCCGGGGCGUUCCCGGCAGCCCCAGGCCGAGGAUCUGGGCGCGGCCCGCACCCCCCUCCUAGCCCCAGGGCGUGGUCCGCCGGACGGGCGUCCCGUCGGGGAAGGGCGCCUGUUGCGGCCGCGGCGCGCGGGCCAGGUGCACCCACUUCGACCCCACCCGGAUGGGGCCCCCGCCCAAGGCAGCGCUCACCGUGGAGUUCCGCCUCGAGCCCGGCGACUGGUGCUCCCACUCGCGUUGCUGCAGCAAGAGACAAAAGAGCGGCGCCCGCCCCUCGCCUUAUAUAUGCCGCGCCCCGCCCCGCCCCUCACCCGCCGCAGCGGGGGCGGUGCUGAUAGGCGAGGGGCGGGGGCAGCGCGGGCGGCUCGCUUCCCCGCCGCGCCCUCAGCCCGGGCUGCCUUGGGGGCUGGGCGCGGCACUUCCUGCUCCGGGGCCCCAGCGCCCCGCGCCCCCAGCCCGCGGUGACCCCGCGGUGGAAGCUGUCGGUGCUGCCGGGACGGGUCAGUCAGCUGCUGCUGGUUUGGACCAGGCUGGGCUUGGUUGCAGGUUGCCAGCUGAAUCUAGGUCUGCAGGACCAGGAACUAGCUGGUGCUUAUUCUUCUCAAGGUCCUGGGAGUUUACUCCGUGCAUCCAGGAGAUAGGAAAAGAGGAAACAAAUACAAGACUGCACUGGAGUUUUUAUGGACCAGUCUUAGAGUUGUGAAACAUCCUCCUUUUGGGUACCAGUUUUGCCAGCCUGGAGAAUAGCUGCACGAGUCUCGCACAAAGGAGCCAGCUGCCAUGUUGUGAGCAGUUCUACAGAGAGGACCACGAAGUGAGGGAGUGCCAGUCUGUGGCCAACAGCCAGUGAGGAGCUGAGGCGAUCAACAAGCGAGUUUGGAAGCAAGUCCUCUGGCCCCAGAUCUCAGUGGAAAGCCUUGAGGUCCUGGAUUUUGCCUGCCACCGAUCUGUGCGUGAAGUUUGCUCUGUGCACCAGUGCUUGUUAAUGUGUUCAAUCCUUUAUUGUCUACACCUUUUGUCUUAGUCAUGAGGGCUGACAUGACAGAAUGCUAUAGACUGAGUAGCUUAUAAACAAUAGAAAUUUAUCUCUCACUAUUCUGGAGGUGCGACAGUCCAAGCUGCUGGCAGGUUCAGUGUCUAGUCAGGAUGUGUUACCUGCUUCCUAAACGGCCAUCUUAUCACUGUGUCCUCACCUAGUAGAAGGGGAAAGGCAGCUCUCUGGGGUCUCUUUUAUAUGGACAUGAAUCCCAUUCAUGAGGGCCCCACCUUCAUGACCUGAUCACCUCCCAAAGGCCCACCUCCUAAUACCAUCAUCUUGGAGAUGAGGACCCAAACAUUCAGCCUAUGGCACCAGUGUUCCACGUUGAUAAAACUCUUCGAAGAGUCACUCUGAUGCGAGAAAAUUAUACCUAAGAACAAAUGAGGCUUUGUUCCUUAGGUUGUGAAUUUUUCAUCUCUAGGGCAUGGUAUUAGAUAAUGAGGAGGUAUGGGUCACACAUGGGGUUAGGAAAUGAUGAAUAGAAGGAUUACAGAGAAAAUAAGAACAUGUAUUCUUAUUUCUUCAUUAAGUCCAUCGAGAUUUGUCUGAGUAUCUGUGCUGAGUAUCUGUGAUAUAGAGACGAGUAAGCUGUGGUUCCUGUCCUAAGGAUCAUACAGUCUAGUGGACGACACGGAUUUGAAAGAAACCUAAAAUGUUGGUGGAAUCAAAUAGAGCCAGUGUAAGAGUAACGACUGCGGACGCCAUGGAGCAGGGAUCGGCCGUCCCUGUCAAGCGCUGUCGGAUUUCUAGCCAACAGAAAUCGUGACUCUCAUACCUGGAUGUCGUUUUAAACCACUGAGUUUUGGGGGAUGAUUUGUUAUGUAGAGCAAACUGGGGCACACGGUGAAAAUCUCUCUCCCCGCCCCCAAGCCCCAAAUCUCCCAUUUCCUUCCUUGGGAGCAAUCCCUGCUACUGGUCUUUUGUGCACUCUUUCAGAGAUGCUGGCAUUACAUAUGUGCGCACACAUAUUCUUUUAUUUUCACAAAAGAUAAUGUAUUAUCACACGGGAUGUUGAUUUGGGGGUUACAAAUGAAUUUUAACAAGUAAGUGAAUUCUCCAAUAGGGAAUCCAUGAGAAAUGAAGAUUGGCUGUUUUCAUUAAAAGUAUCAGUUAAAUUUUAAAAUGUUAAGAUGUUCAUAUAUAUUUUAAACGAUAUUUUCUCUUAAAAUAUUAUCUAGUAUUCGAAAGUGAAGUACAAAUAAUUAUUAAUGAAUUUCAAAAUUGUAAGCCAGCAUUAUUUUUUAUUUUAUUUUAUUUUAUUUUAUUUUAUUUUAUUUUAUUUUAUUUUAUUUUAUUUUAUUUUAUUUU